CCGACUGCGCUGAACGAAUUUCAGCCACGGCCCGCGAAUCACGCUCCCUUCGAGUUUGUCAAUCGCCUGUCGAAAAGCCAGUCGCGUAAAUGACCUCGGUUUUAAUUAGUAAUUACACAUACUACGACACUCAACUCGUCUGAAGUGGAACAUUUGUGUUUGAUUACAUUCAGUUUUAUAGGAGUUUGCAAACUUUUUGUUUGAUGAUUGACAAGUUUUAAUGAAUGAGUUAAAAAUAUAAAUCGCUGUGUAGCGGGGUAAACCAUCCAGGGAUUAACAUAAUAGGAUGUGCGUGUGUGAGUGGCGAACUAUUGCAGUUAAAGUGCUUGAUACCUAGAUGGGAUUAAAGUAGCGACGGAAAGAAGUGAUUGUGCUAUAUGAGACGUUUAGCGAGUAUCGGAUAACAAGUGGCAUGGAGGUUAUGCUGUCUACGGGAGGCCGCAUUUUCGUGGCCUUCCUUGCUACGGCCUUUUGGGGAAUGGGUGUUCGAGGUCUUCACAAUUUGGAAAUAAAUGUUCCAAACGCAGUUCUCGUGGGAGAAACAGUUACACUUGAAUGCACAUGGCAACUGGAAGAUGAGGAAGCGCUAUACAGUGUUAAGUGGUAUAGAGGGAGAGAAGAAUUCUACAGAUACAUACCCAAAGAGUUGCCACAUACGAGAGUAUUUCCAUUACCUGGAAUCGAAGUUGAUAUAUCGCGGUCGGGAGCACGUCGCGUCGUCCUGCAAGACGCGACCCCUGCGAUGGCGGGACGUUUCCGCUGCGAGGUGUCGGCGGACGCGCCCACGUUUCACACGGAAAUACGUUCGGCGCCACUUGAUGUUGUUGAAACUCCAGAAUGGGGUCCAAAAUUGGUGUCGGAUAGAUCCUGGUAUGGCGUUGGGUCACCUCUUCGUGCAACGUGUGCGUCACCUCCAGCUCAUCCGCCUGCUAAUAUUACUUUUGCUCUAAACGGAAGAGAGAUUGAUAUGGAGUCAUUUGCUCAUGAAAUGCCGGAUUGGUUUAAAUGGGACCCGCCUGCGAAAUCUGAAACGACUACGACGGAACUGCCAGAUGAAGAUAUCAAUUUCAAUGUGUUUAAUGACGACAACAAUGUCCAAUAUUUGGAUGAAUCGUAUAUAAACUUACAUAAAGAGGAUAUCCGCCGUCCUCCCAAGGAGAAAGUGAAACAAGUGUUUGAAAGGUCGGGGCCUGAUAACAGGAUGCCGUCAGUAGGGGAAGUUUUGUUCGUAGUUCGACAUGAAACGUUCGAAGGUGGCAGUCUCCGGCUGACGUGUAUAGCUAGUAUAUACAACUUAUAUGCGGCGCGGGCUGAACUCAUUUUCGAUAUGGAGCAGCCAGAAGUUGCAUCAGUUUUAGGUGUUCGUAAUAACGCUGAAGGUUCAAUACAAACAACAAGUAUAUACUACAUGACAACGUGUAUUCUAAUGUGCAUUUGUAAUGCUCGGUACUUAUGUAGGUAAAGUUUUGUCAUUUUAAGACAUUGUUAAUAGAAAUUGUGACUAAGUCUGUACAAAUAUAUAUAUGUGAUACAUAUCUAGACCCUGAAAACAAUAUUUUAAAUUUAACUACGAAUUAAUUAUAGGUCAAACGGCCAAAUUACGGUUAAAUAUUGAAGAAUUAUCGUAGUAAUUUGCCAUGUUUUUCUUGUCUAAUUAUUUACUGGGUAAAUAAAAUGUGAUUUUGUAAAUAAUACAAUACUAUUGAGAAACGUUUCGCCUAAUCAAAGAUAUAAUUUUUACUACAAUCACAUUUUACUUUAUAUAACAUGAUUCAUGAAUCACUUUUACUUAUUAUCUUAAUAUUGGUUAUAUCUUAGAAAAGUAACCCUAAUGAGACUGACUUAUCUAUAGUGUUAUUUUAUGGAUAAUUAAUUUACGUUCAGAGAAUAUGUGUGGAAAUAGUCUUAGAUAUUCUAUAUUUUAUCAUAAAGGAUUGAAGCGGUAGUUUUAAAUUACUUUAUCGAAACUUGUAUAAAUGCAAUGAGUUAUAUAAAAUAGUUGUACAAAUUGAAAUAUAUAAAGAAUACAAAACACAUAGAUCAAAUAGCGAUAGACUCAAUUUUGUAUUUCAACAAGCUAGGUUACAUAAAUGCAAUGGGGUUCAUUGUAAACAUUUUGUGUCAAGUUGUCUUUGCGUAAGAACCUUUACACGCACGACAUUCUAAGCACGAUCGUCUGGAAUGUACCGAAUCACGUACAAAGGGCCUGUAUGUAAUAUCAUAUAUAGUGACAAUAUGUGAACAUUGAGAUGAGAAAACGUAAUAAACACAAUUUAUUAGUGUGUUAUAAAAACCUUCAUGGCGCGUUAAAAGAAAUGAAGUAUUUCUUCGAUAAGAUACAUUACAUUUAUAUUGACUAAAAGAAAGAUGUA